UUUUAUGUCAAAUCAAGAUUUAAUGGAAACAAUGGCCCCUAAGGUGAGGGAAUUCAACAAGAUUUAAUGGAAACAAUAUUUUAUUGCCUUCUUUCUCUGCUCUUCUCUUCUUUAUUCACAGGGAUGGAUUAAAGUGAAGGGCACCAGAAUCUUUCUUUUCUUCUCUCUCACUCUCUCUCCAUUUUGUACCAGUAAAGCCAACCCCUUUCCCAUUCAUCACAAUAUCUUCAUUCAAACAGGAAUUUUAUUUUCACACAAGGUUCAGGUAUUUAUGCACAUUUAAUUUCCACAUUGCUGCCUCCAUUGCCAGGAAAAGAACUUGCAAGCUUAAGAGGAUGAGGAGGUUCAAGCCCAUUUUCUUGCUAUUUCUCACGCUUUCCACUGUUUUCCAACCAAACAAACAUGGGUCUGCAUUUGCCCGGCAGCAACCCAUCAAAACCAUUGUGGUGCUGGUUCUAGAGAAUAGAUCUUUUGACCACAUGAUUGGGUGGAUGAAGAACUCCAUCAACCCUGCAAUCAAUGGUGUCACGGGCCAAGAAUGCAACCCACUUUCAACUAAAUCCCAGGACCCCAAAUCAAUCUGCUUCAAAGAUGAUGCAGAGUUUGUGGAUCCGGAUCCAGGUCACUCCUUUGAAGCUGUUGAGCAGCAGGUAUUUGGGUCUAGCCCCAUUCCCUCAAUGUCUGGCUUUGUAGAACAAGCUCUUUCCAUGUCUCAGAACCUCUCUGAAACUGUAAUGAAAGGGUUUAAGCCUGAAAAUGUGCCUGUUUUUGCCCAGCUAGUUAGGGAAUUUGCAGUUUUUGAUAGGUGGUUCUCUUCAAUUCCUGGCCCAACUCAACCCAAUAGGCUGUUUGUGUACUCUGCAACCUCCCAUGGCUCAAUCAGCCAUGUCAAGAAGCAAUUGGCCAAAGGGUACCCACAAAAGACCAUAUUUGAUUCACUUCAUGAGAAUGGCCUCAACUUUGGAAUCUACUACCAGAACAUACCCGCAACCCUGUUCUAUAGAAACCUGAGGAAAUUGAAGUACAUAUGUAAGUUCCAUGAGUUUGAUUUGAAGUUCAAGAAGGAUGCUAGGGAUGGCAAGCUGCCUAGCUUGACGGUGAUCGAGCCGAGGUACUUUGAUCUGAAGGGAGUGCCGGCGAAUGAUGAUCAUCCUUCCCAUGAUGUUGCCAAUGGGCAGAAGCUAGUGAAGGAGGCUUAUGAGGCAUUGAGAGCAAGUCCUCAGUGGAAUGAGACAUUGUUGAUUAUUACCUAUGAUGAGCAUGGGGGGUUUUAUGAUCAUGUUCAGACUCCUUAUAAGAAUGUUCCCAACCCGGAUGGGAACACUGGUCCUGCUCCAAAUUUUUUUAAAUUCGACCGGCUUGGAGUUCGGGUUCCCACAAUCAUGGUCUCCCCUUGGAUCAAAAAGGGGUCUGUUAUAAACAGCCCGAGGGGACCUGCUCCAAAUUCUGAAUACGAACACUCUUCAAUCCCCGCUACCAUAAAGAAAAUGUUCAACCUGUCCUCAAACUUCUUAACUCAUCGAGAUGCUUGGGCUGGUACCUUUGAGCAGGUUGUAGGAGAGUUAACCUCUCCGAGAACUGAUUGCCCAGAGGUCUUGCCAGAUGUGACUCCUUUGAGGAGCACAAUAGCAGACGAAAGUAGGGCAUUGUCGGAGUUUCAGGGCGAGUUAGUCCAAUUGGCUGCUGUUCUUAAUGGCGACCACUUCCUGAACAGCUUCCCGGAUGCAAUGAGCAAGAAAAUGAGCGUGAGAGAUGCCCACAAGUAUGUCACGGGGGCUGUGUCAAGGUUCGUCAGAGCAAGCAAAGAGGCCAUCAAGUUGGGUGCAGACGAGACCGCCAUUGUGGACAUGAGGUCCUCACUCACCACCAGAUCUUCAAUCCACAACUAAUAAAUCAUCUUACCACCCGCUCUUUCUUUAUCUCUUCUCAAUAUCCCAAAUUGAUUUACUUUAGGAAUAUAUCCCAUAAAGAGUAGCUCUCUGAUAGUUGUUUGGUUGCUUCCAUGGCCUUUCUGACUCCUACAGUUAGCUGCUUUUAGUGACAAUGGAAGCAACUGAAAUAGCUUGCUUCAAAGUAAUGCUUCUUGAAGGUGAUCAUUUAGAUACAUGGCUUUGUAAAACAAUUCAACUGUGUAUAAUUAAGCCUGAGUUUGUGUGCUUGCAGUAGAUAAGAUGAUCCCAGUUUGUGAUCAGAGAUGGACAUAAACCUACUAUAUUUCAGCAAAAACACUUAGUAAUUUGGGUGAAUGAGAUUGUUGAUCCAAGGGCAAAAUAGGCCAAAAAAGAAAAUCAAUCGAGCUUGAAAACUGCUCGAGCUUUUGGUCCAAUCAUCAUUGUUUUUCUGUAAAUAUUGGCCAGCUGCUUGUUUCAGAAACGGGACC